AUGUUUUUGACAGUUUUAGAUGCAUCCGGACGUUACAGUAACGGUUUUUUUUGGGGUAAUAAUUAUUGGACGGGUUCGGAAACAUUAUGUUAUAAUGUCGGCCUUAAAAGAAGACAUUAUUCGUAUAAUGGAAUCGUAGGAAAUGCGGCUAAUAAUAAUAAUAAUAAUUUAGCAGAAGAUGAAAAUUCUCCAUUUCCUUUAGGUUUUUUUAAAAUCAAAGCGGAAAUUCAACUUCCCAAACGUUUGGAAGUGAAGAAAACGGUACUCAUAGGUGUGUGCGCACCUCUUUCGUGUAACGAAAAAGACAUGAAAAUAAUUUUAAACAUGUCUUUAUCAAAUGAUAAUGAUAAAAAUUCGACGAAAGUUAAAAUACUGGAAAUGAGAACACCCCAUAACGUUUAUUUUUUUUGGAAAGAUUCAACUUUUUGGAUACUCGUCGUCGUGUCUGGAAUUGUUGGAAUUUUAGUGAUUGCUGGAACUGCUUACGAUAUUUUAAGAGUUAAAAAAUAUCGUAAAGUUUAUCAAUCUCAGGUAUCAAUACAAAAUUAUUUGGGAAAUGAAAAUGGAAAAGUUAAAUUAAAUCAAGUUAUCACCUGUCGUCCGAAAUGUUUAAAUUUUGAUUCAAACGGUGUUGGAAAAUUAGAUGAUAAUUCGAAUGCACUCGAUGCCAUUGAAGGCUCGUCUGUAGGUUCCGACGUCGAAUUAGGUACGAAUUAG